CGCAGAGAUCUCAUCAUUGACCAGCUAAUUCUCGGGUUUUCCGUUCAGAGAAGUGGGAGCAGUCAAUUUCAAAUCCCACUGCCAGUAUAGGUACCUUGGCACAAUACUGGAAGACAUACCCGAACCGGGUUUUUGGUGGUGUUACACUUGGGAGCUGGAGCUUGACCUUGCUGCUGGAAGUCUCGAGUAUACAGAGCAGUAAUGUCCUCCCAUCCUCUUGUAAAUAACGACUCCCGAGCACCCCGUCUGCAUACGGCUCGAUCAUUCACCAGGCUUGAACCGUCGACCGUGAGCCCCUUUGCUCGGAGCAGGGCGAAGACAGUCCAGACUCUGACGAUCGCAGAAAAUAUAGACUCUACGGAGUUUCCGAUACCUCUUUCUGCAGACUAUAAUGAAGAUGCAGGUCCCGAUGUUUUUGAAAAGAGGGAUUCUUCCGAUUCGGGACCUGGGGAUGGCGAACAGCAGAGUGGGGAGAUCGCUGCCGCGGACCAGCUGGAGGAGCUUCCAAUUGAACUGAUCAGUUUGACUGACCGGUUUAUCGAUUCCCUAAGUGCCAAAGUGCACUCGUCUCCUCCGUCCAUUGAAAAGAUCUCGGAUUUCUUCCAGGAUUUUUACAUUCGUGCAGAUUCACAUAUAGCAACCCAUAUUUCCGCACUUGCCUCUCGAAUAAAUCGUGAUUCAUCUUACCCUAGUACGCAGGGGAGAUCGCGUAACAAGCAGGAUGGUUCGGAAAAAGUAACAUCCAGCCGUCAAAUGCUGACUGCCUCAGAGGUCACAGAGAAGAGGAAGGCUCGCAAAUUUCUUGCCCAGAAGCAGGUCGCGCUGGAAGAGGCCGUGGAACGAAAAGCAUGCGAGAGUGUCUACGACAAGAUAUGGCAGCAUGAGAGCUCUCUAGACAAGGUACAAGACGAAAGGUUACGAUCUAAGACUGCAGCUCUUGCUCUGGUUGGUAUUAGCAUGAAGGAUCUAGGUGUUGAUAUUGAUACUACGGCAGUCGAUGAAGUGAAGCAGAAGGAGGCCAAUGACGGCCUUGCCAUGGCUCAAGGACACCUGAAGAGAAUGAACGACGAAAAAUACCCGCUUGGCAAGCUUCGACAUCUGGUGGCUGUACACAAGGCGAUCGUUGAGACGUUGACCAAGUUGCUUCCAUCUACAUCUUCCGCGGAUGAGAUCUUACCUACCUUGAUAUAUGCCCUUAUAACUUCCCCAACGGAGGAUUUGAACGUCGUCAGUAAUCUACAUUUUAUACAGCAUUUCAGGUCUUCAAGCAAAAUGGACGGUGAAACUGCAUAUUGCUUAACUAAUCUCGAAGCAGCAAUUAAUUUUGUGGAGAAUGUGGAUCUCUCUAGCCUGCGUGCGGAGGAGACACAGGAUGGACAUCUGAAAGUCGCGUCGGCACCAGCCGUGCAAACGACGGAUCGAUUAUCGGCUGAGAAGGGAGCAGCAACAUCCAGUACUACAUCAAUAUCAGCGUCCCCGGAGUUCUUGGUACCAUCAAGCCAGGAUAGAAUGGCGGCUACACUACCCCUGCGUCGGCCAUCUCCAUCCCCCCAACAGCGACGCCUGAGUAAUCUAUUUCAGCCUCCUUCAAAAGUUUUUGGUGCUGCAAAUGACGCUGUCCGCAACACGGCUGACCAGAGCCUGAAAAAUAUCGGCGCCACGUUAGAUAGUAGCCUGAAUUUUGUUUUGGGUCGCCUAAAAGAGUUGCAACCAGGUACAGAUGGGAAUCACCCUGUAUUGCCCAAGACUCUAGCCGAAGCUCGCCAUUUAGUCGCCCCUCCUUCAACGGUCGAUAACAAACAGGCGGCCAAAGAUGACCAACCCGUGGAAGAGCUCGUCGAUGCAGAUCGGCUGUCUCAGAGACAACAAGCUAGGACCGAAGACCGAUUCAUUGGACUUGUCAGUGGACGGAGAACACCGCGGGACCGCAGUGUCGACAGCGCCAGAACCCAGGGUAGUUCCAAAAGAUCUGUUUCUGGUGUGGGGGCACCAGGCUCAAAGAAAGAUGAAACGCCGUCAAGCUUCUUUCAAUCCACACAUGUACCCUCUUCUUCGUCGACUCCGACUCCUUUCGAAUCCAUGAGGAACUUUGGGAAUACUUUUAACCCACUCAGCCACAUCCCCGGUAUGAUCAGAAAUUUUGGCCGCGCCACUACCGAGCCACCUAGAGAGACCCCAUCCCCUGCUGCAUCGGAGAAGACUACGAUGCCCUCGAUAUCAGUUGAAGACGUUCCAAGCAUCUCUGGUCCUCUAGCCAAACUUGAACCACCUAUUCAACGUUUUCUGGAAAUCGAAGACGCUAGUGACCUUAAGAUCAGUGAUGUGUCUGUAUUACUUGAGGAUUACAAACGACUUGCCUCUGCGCUUUUCAAACAAAACUCAUGAAAUCUGAUGAACUGUGUUCUAAUCGCAUAUAUUACCUUUCCCCCUCCCUUUGACUUCAGUUCUUGCUCUUCAUUCGUUCCUUUUCUAAAGCAGGGCCGGCGCCUAGUGUAUCGCAAUAUUGAAUAUGGUUUUGGCCAUCAAGCCGCUCGCUGGCUAUGACAGGGUUUUGGUUUUGAUGUAUAUUAUUCAAGUAUGGCUUUCCAGGGGAACUUUCCACUUUCUAGGUUACUAAAUGAAGGCAAAAAAAAAAAAAAAAAAACUUAGUAUGAAACAAAUCUGCUGGCUAAAUGGGCGAGAAUAAGAUGGUAUAUGAGGGUUCAAUCAUAUCAUUUUGACGCAAAGGUAAUAGUUACGUAGUAAUCAUGAUUCCUCAUCUCACUUUCUAUCCCUUUCCUUUGACUGAAUGCAAUAGAUGGUAUGUAGUACAGGGUAUAUGACAUACUGCGUGCAUGAUGGCUUAAAAAAAAAAAUAACGAAAUAAACUCCAUUUAAUGCUCACAUGCAAUAGACCAUAGUUUGGCUUCCCGAAUAACCACCUGAAAGAAUAAAACAAUAAAACAGGGCUGGAAGUAAAGACAGCCACAUAAAUCUGCCAGCGUAGCAUGAAGUUCAUGCCAAUGCCAUAUCGAGUCAUCCCAAUUCUGAUUAAGAUGAUGACAGGAGAGAUGUAUUCGAUUUCAGACCAGAUCGCACGAGAAUAAGCCUCCAGCAUUUCAUAAUUCUCCUCAAUGAAUGCUGAUCAGGUAAAAUAACGACAUUAUCCGCACAGUGGGAAAGGUAUAAAGGAAAGGAUGUUAUCACGGACUUCUUUAUUUUUGGGAGUCAGGCGUCUUCCCACGUAGCACUCCAAUACCACCCUCUCUCAUUUCUAGUAAUUUUGUCGACAGCUCAGAAUCCUGUUGCUCGACUUCGUCAUGUCGACGUUUGAUUUCAGCCUCAAACAAAGCAGCUGUCUUCCGUCGAGCCUGGCGUAGCUCCUUCAUUUUUGAGAGUAAUGCAGUGAAAUGGUCGAUAAUCUGGUCUCCGCAUUCUUCCCAUUCGGUCAUAGAUAGCUUCGAGAAAUAUGCACGACGUUCUUCUUCGGAAAGCCCGAGAGCAAAGGAGACCCUGUCUUUGGGUGUAUCCUGAACUUCUUCAGCUGUGGGGGGUGGAGUAGUAGUGGUCGUUGUAGAAGUAGCCUGCGAUGGUGCUGGAGGGGAAGGAGUAUAGUCAAAGGGUUCAGCUUGAAGAUCGCUGAAUGACUUUUGAUAUAGGACUUCUGGUGGAUAAUCCGCUUCUAUAUGUCUCUUUUUCGGAAGAGGUGAUGGAGGGGCUUCUUGUGUUGUGGAUGAGUGUUUGCUGAAUAUUUCUUGAUUUCUGUCAUCGUUAUCGUUAUCAAUCCCAUUAAUGCUGUGUUUAUUUAGAGCAAUCACUGAAACUGGACUGUCAUUUGUAUCACUGUCGCUUCCCCAUUCGCCCUCGUCAGCGGGGAAGACAAAGCCAGUUGACCUCUGUCUAUCGUGCUGCGGUCGUUGACCAGCAGUUUGACGCGUUGGUGACAGCUCUAACUGUUCGAGAAGGGAUGGUUUUGGUGGACUGAAGCGUGUCCUCGGAGUAGUUGUCAUACUGCGAGGCAGAGUGAUCUUCCUGUUCGGUAAUGACCGGCUAGGGUUCCUGGAGCCCGAUGCUGUCGAAGUCGGUAUUGCGGAUAAGCGGAACUGUUCUUCAGGACCUGAAUUUGUAGACUUGGUGAGAGCAUGAGUCCUUUUACUAGCGGCCCAGAAAGUCUCCAACCGCUUGCUCAAGGGCUGGUCCUCCACAGACCUGCGUUUCUGACGACUAGAAAGAUACCAGUCAUCCACAGGAGUCUUCUCAUCCCCCGUAUCAUCCCCAGGUACAGAUGUAGGCUGGCUUCCUUCAGUAAUAUCGGCAUCAUCGGAUUCAAAUCCCGCUGUCUUCAUGACUUGGUCCCCGAGAUUCGUAUGCCAGGCGGCUUCAUGUACCCGUCGCGAGUGUUGUGAUUGGUAUAAGGGUCUUGAUUCCGAUCCAUCAUCAUGUUGAUACUGUACAUCUUGUCCUGAUGGCACAUGUUCAUCAGCACCCAGGACGCUCGUGCCGGCUAUAGUAGAGUCAUCAAUCCCUUCCACGUCGGUGUCAAACAUAUCCCUCUGCAUUGCAUCUUCCUGGGUUUCAUAGUAUUCUUGGUGUAUCCUUCCAUUUGUUCUCGACGGUAAUUGUGUGAUCAAUUUCGUUGUAGGAACUCCAACUUUCACCUGCUCUGCUAGGGCCUGCCGUGAUGGGAAGGAAUUCGAGGUGCCGUUUGCGGGAGAGGGAAAUUGACCGGUCUCCUUAGAGUGGACAUAGUCUCCUACCCCCAUCGUCCUUGUUGCAGCAAUUCGGCAAAUAUUGGGGGGCUGAUGAAUAAAGGAUAACAAAAUGUGCGCCCACAGCCUUCCAGAUUAUCUGGUGAUGUUGAAGACGAGUUG